CCCCUGGAGAAUGGAAUCGCCAAGCACCUUCUAGACAACCGGACAAGCUCCCGGCGCAACCCCAAAACCCUGGCAGCCCGAAAGAUCGAGUCUUGCUGAGAGGAAAGUGAAGCCGAGCCCUAGGUUUCGAUCUCUCGAGCGAUGUCGGCGGGGGGGCAGGCGCAGUUCAGGUACACGCAGACGCCGUCGAAGGUCAUCCACCUCCGGAACCUCCCGUGGGAGUGCCACGAGGAUGAGCUCAUCGAGAUCUGCAAUCCCUUCGGGAAGGUCAUCAACACCAAGGGCAAUGUCGGCGCCAACAAGAACCAGGCUUUCGUGGAGUUUGCUGAGCUGGGUCAGGCCAUAGCAAUGGUCUCUUACUAUGCUUCUUCUCCGGAGCCAGCGCAGGUCCGUGGUAAGACUGUGUACAUUCAGUACUCGAACAGGCACGAGAUUGUCCAUAACAAGAGCCCGGGAGAUGUCCCUGGUAACGUCUUGCUAGUGACGAUUGAGGGAGUAGAAGCUGGUGAUGUGAGCAUUGAAGUUAUCCACCUCGUGUUCUCGGCUUUUGGAUUUGUCCACAAGAUAGCCACAUUUGAGAAGGCUGCAGGCUUUCAGGCAUUGAUUCAGUUCAGCGAUAUUGAGACUGCAUCUACAGCAAAGACUCACUUAGAUGGAAGAAGUAUUCCAGGGUACCUGCUUCCCGAGCACAUUCCUGCAUGCAACUUGCGGAUAUCAUAUUCUGCUCAUACUGAUCUGAAUAUCAAGUUUCAGUCUCAUCGCAGCAGGGACUACACCAACCCUUACCUUCCUGUGAAUCCAACAGCAUUCGAGGGUGCCGUGCAAUCUGGUGCGGGCCCUGAUGGGAAGAAGUUGGAACCAGAGAGUAAUGUUCUCCUUGCAUCGAUAGAGAAUAUGCAGUAUGCUGUGACCUUGGAUGCACUGCAUACAGUAUUUUCUGCAUUUGGUCCUGUGCAAAAGAUUGCGAUAUUUGAGAAGAACGGUGGCACCCAAGCACUCAUUCAGUAUCCCGAUGUGACGACUGCAACAGUUGCAAAAGAAGCUUUAGAGGGCCAUUGCAUAUAUGAUGGUGGCUAUUGUAAGCUUCAUCUAACAUACUCUCGUCAUACUGAUCUCAAUAUAAAGGCUUACAACGAUAAAAGCAGAGAUUACACAAUUCCUGCUCCGAGUAUGGCAUCAGCCCGACUUUCUGGAGUCCCUGCAGCUUCUACAGCUUGGCAGACUCCUCAAGCAGCUUCAGUUUAUUCGAGCGCUGGGUUUACUGCAGCUGCUCUUGUAGGUCCUGCACAAGUGCCGACAUCUUGGGCCCAAGGAUCAUUCCCUGCUUCUGCAGGACCAACCCAGAUGGGGUUCCAGCCCAAUCUAAGACCGGGAGGAGCUUCCCCACCUGGGAUGCCGCCUUAUUAUGGAUAGUGGUCUCAGACUUCUCUGUGGUAAUUAAUAAAGCAUGUUCAGGCUUAUUCUUUAGGAGUUAAGUUUUGGAGCAAAGUUGAGGAAAUAUUAAGAUCUUGUGUUGAUUUCGGCAGCUCUCCCAAUCUUGUCGAGUCCUCUUCCGCUUAUUAUUUUCUUUUUUCUUUUUUCUUUUUUCCUGUUUAGUCCCAAUAUUGUAAUUGUUGCACACCGCCUGCCCAUGUUCCCUUGGAAUCCUAUUCAUAUACUUUCAGGAAGUCUGUCAGACUCUCGAUCACACUCCGCCAUCAUUUUGUUGACGACUUGGCAUCCAUCUGCUUACGCCUUUUAAAUAUGGAAUGCUGGUAAUUUGACCGA